CGGACAUAGGAAAUACGCAAAUGUAUUUGUUAUAAUAAAACACAAAGCGACCACAGAGAGAGUGUGUGUGGGAGAGAGUUGGCGUUUAGCCAUUCGCGCAUCUCUAGCAGAAAAACACUGAAAUGCUAUGAAUAUUUAUGACUUUUAUUGUUCGUGAAGUAAAAGGGAGGAGACGAGCUUCUGCGAUUACUGAGGUCCUAAAUUCAGUUUCAGAUUCAGUAAUGGAUCACAACUGCAACAGUGGUGAGCAUUGGAAUUGGCAAGGGGAUGGUAAUUGCCCCCGAAAGGAUUCUAAUUAUGAUGUAUCUAAAUGCUGUUGGAAUGAAGUCACUCUGAAUGAGGAAGAUAUUUCCUAUAUGUUGGAUGAUCAAACAACCCCCAUGAAGGCCUGCGGUGAUUUGCAUGUUACUGAUAGUGAGAAUAUAAACAAGGAGCCAGAGCAAUGUAGGGAGGCUUCUUCACAAGUAAAGAGGCGACGGAUGCUACAGUUUGAUACUGAAGUAGUAGAUUCCCUAUUUUGCAGUGAAGAGAUUCCAUCUGUGUUUUUAAAAUCAUAUGAGAGGAAGGACUUGUUUGACGAUGUUUUACCCCAAACGUCAGAGUGGGUAUCUGGGUUUUCAGAAAAUGUGUCUGCCUCCGGUUACAAAGGCCUAGAUCAGUCAUCUGAGGAAUGGAUUGCCUCAUGCUUUAAUGACACUCAGAUGAAUUUUAUCUGUGAUGAUAUGAAUUACGCUGGAGCAGCCGAUAUUCAAAUGGAUUUUUCAGAGUUGUAUAAUAGUUCGACUGAAACUGAAAAUGUGGUUCGACAGCAAGUUACUAGGACUCCUCGAAAUAUUGUCUUCAAAGGUAGGAAGUCCAUCAUACAAACACCCACCAAGUUAGCUUCUUCUGUUACUUCUCCAUUUACCUUCAUCAAACCGUGUGGAGUCCAUGGAGAUAUUACUUUGAAGGACAUAAACCAGAAGAUCCGCACUCCACCAAAAUCAAAGCGAAGUUAUGAAGAUCCUGCUAUUUACCCGACCUCGCCCUUCUCUGGCAAGCCUGUAGUCGGCACAACUAAAAUUCGUACAGAUGGAGGAAAAGGUAGCAUCACAAUCAUGAGAACCAAAGGAUAAGUAAAUGAACACUUUUCAACUCUGCUAUGAAGUAUGAACCCUUGUUUUCUCACCCCAAAAAUAUUGUUGGUUUGAGGGUCUCUGUAUUAUUUCCUGCCAGCACAGUAUGGAAGUCAUUACAGCAUCUCUUGUUGCUGUUGUUGUUAGAAUUCAUAAAUCAAAUCAAAGUGUUUAUGUUUUGAUGUUUCCAACUGUUAUUAUUCUAGUUGUCAUAUAGCUAUUGUUCUCUAUACAUGGUGAUAUUUGUCCAAGACAAACUCUUGUGCAUCAGAUCGGGCUAUUUUCUUUUAGCUUAAGAAUACCGUGCCAAUACCAUUUGAAAUCUUUUA